AUGCCCAACCCUCCAACAUUGAGAUUUGAGAAUGGGAGUAAGCUAGUUCCUGGUGAUCGGAUUGGGACCAUUCAGCAAGUGCUGCCAGGAAUUGGGACGUACGCGAAAGGGGGCAACGUCUAUGCCAGUGUAUUGGGCCAUAUGGACACGUCUCCCUGCGACGAUCUGGAAGAACCACAAUUCACAGUGUCGGUCCAACCACAGCGUCCUCUGGCAUCUCUACAAGUCCUGUCGGUGGGACAAGUUGUCCUGGCGCGUGUCUUGCGGGUGGCAGCACCCCAAGCCACAGUGGUGAUUGUUGCCACGGCACAAGGCGGUCGCUUGAGUAGUGCAUCGGAAGGCUCUAUUCCACGAGAAGAAUGCGUCAAAUCGGGUGCCGUCACGAGAGAAGUUCACGAAUGCUUUCAACCCGGUGAUAUUGUCUUGGCCAAGAUUUUGUCCAUUGGCGAUACCCGGCGCUAUGUGAUGACCACUGCCGAGGCAGAAUUGGGUGUCAUUCAUGCUGUCUGUCACUCCAGUGGGAAACCCAUGAUCCCCUGCAGUUGGAAAGAAAUGGAAUGUCCUGACACAAAUGUCAAGGAAUUGCGCAAAUGUGCCAAGCCAAGAAAAGUGAUGGCAGUGGCUGCUGCUUUCGCUGAUUCUUGA